AUGGCGCAUAGUCAAGAGCCGGGCACCACCGCCCAGUGUUAUGGAUACGAGUUCAUAUGGACGGACCGGCAUCCGUCGGUCAAAGACGCUCACAAGAUGCUCUAUACAUAUGACAAACUCGCCAACGAUGCCCUGGAUCGGAUAGACAUCCUGUCUCCACCAGGCAACAAAGCGGCCGACGGCUGUCCCAUGAGCCAACGCGACAUGUACAGCCUUCUCGAACAGUACUCGAAAUCAGACGAAACGAUUGGAAAGCUGUGGAGGCAAGUCACAGACAUCCCCGACUGGGUAGACUGGGAACAGAUUCGCCGAGGCCAGAAGGUCGUCUAUCAUUAUCCAGGCCAGAUGCUACUCGGUCUCCUGUUUAUAUCACUCGUCGGCGGCAUGGGAGCCUGGCGCAUCGCCGAAACCCUCUCGCGGACCGGCGGCUUCGGCGUAAACGUGUGCCGUCGGCGGCUCCUCGAGACGCUGCAGCACUUUGUGCAAGUCGUCGAGGGCCUUGACUCGGUGCAGCCGCACGGCGCGGGCUUCGUCUCGUCGGUGCGCGUGCGCCUCCUCCACGCCAACGUCCGGCGGCGCAUCAUGCGCCUCGCCCGGGAGCGCGAGGACUACUACGACACGGCGCAGUGGGGCGUCCCGAUCAACGACCUGCACCAGGUCGGCACGAUCCUGGCGUACUCGGCCAUGGUCGUCUUCGUAGGGCUGCCGCGCAUGGGCAUCCACCUGACGGAGCGGCAGAUUGCCGACUACCUCGCGCUGUGGCGGUGGGUGGGCUUCAUCAUGGGCACGCCCGUCGACUGGAUGGCGACGCCGGCCAAGGCCAGGGCCAUGAUGGAGACGGUGCUGAUAUGCGAGAUCAGGCCCUCAGAGAGCUCCAAGAUCCUCGCAAACAACAUCCUCACGGCGCAGGCCGCCACGCCGCCCCUGUACACCUCGCGGGGCUUCCUCGCUGCGCUCGCGUACCGCCUCAACGGCGAGGAGCUCUGCGCGGCCCUGGGCAUCGAGGCGCCGAACGCUUGGUACCGCAGCCAGGCAGCCCUGCAGGGACUCAUGCUCAACUGCUUCAGCGGCAGUUACGCCGUGCUUCCUGCGUCCUGGCAGGCGAGGAGAGACCGGAAAUGGAUCCAGUUUAGCCACAACAUGGUGACGGACCGCAGGCUCGGGGGUAUUGGCGGUUCGAGCAAGUUUGAGUUUCAGUACAUGCCCAAGAUUGGCAGGGUGACGGAGAUGGGCAAGAUGAACAUGAGCGUCUGGCAAGGUGUGAUGUCUUCCAUGGCUGGGUGGUUGAUGCUGCUGAGCUGGAUGGUUUCUCUGUACAUGUAA